AUGAGCUCUUCUCCUUCUUAUGUAAGAUUAGCCAGCUUCAAUGAUGGAGAGGCAACAGGUUCUCGUCGCAAAGGUUAUGUUCCUGUGCUAGUGGGAACUGACAAAGAAGACAUGGAGAGGCUCUGCAUACCUAUAAAGCUCAUCAAUCACCCUAGUCUUGUUUCUUUACUUGAUGAUUCUGUGCAGGAAUUUGGGGAUAAUCAGCAGGGAUUGUUGAGAGUUUCGUGUAAUGCUGACAACUUCAAAGAAUUGCUCAGGAGUUUAUCAAAAAAGAAGUGA